AUGAAAGUGUUCGAGUCGGACAAGACAUAUGCAUUUCUCGACAUCAACCCUCUCUCCUACGGCCACGCCCUGGUGAUCCCCAAAUACCAUGGCGCCAAACUCACCGAUGUCCCAGACGAACACCUCGAAGAGCUCCUCCCCGUCGCCUCCCGCAUAGCCAAGGCCACAGGGUCCGAGAACUUCAACAUCCUGCAGAACAAUGGCCGGAUAGCACAUCAAGUGGUUGAUCAUGUACAUGUACAUAUGAUUCCCAAGCCGAAUGAGGAGGAGGGGUUGGGUGUUGGAUGGCCGCAGCAGCAGGGAAACAAGGAGAAGUUGACCAAGUUGCAGGAGGAGAUUAAGAGUAAGAUAUGA